CAAAAAACCCCGCUUCUCAGGCGUCUGGUCAUUUCAGCACGCUCCCAAGAGGCUGUCGCCCAAUCUAUUAAGAGGUAGAAGAAAGACAAUCAAUCCGUUUGCUUCUCAUUUCCAAGCUAACAACCGGAGCUGUAAUUUCCGCUGUAUUCUCCGCUCUAUUCAAUGAUGGCCUCGAAGGUGUCUGUCCUCUCAAACAAAACUCUGCGAGAUUAUCGAAGCGCAAUCCACCAGCACAAUGACAAGUUCAUCAAAGACAUCCCCAAAGUCGAAAUGCAUGUCCAUAUCGAGGGCACAAUGACCCCUGAACUCCGGUGGGAGCUCGCGCAACGGCGCGGGGAGUCGGUUCUCAAUAUCAAUACCCAGCAGCCUUGCGAGAGUUUGUCGGAACUGAAGGGUACGUACGAGCUCCUCAAUGACCUGGAAGAAGGGGGUGUAGAUGGUGGAAUGCAUCGGUUCUUUGAACUGUAUUACGGUGGCUUCAGUGUCCUUCAGGAUGAAGAAGAUUUCUAUUGUCUUGCAAUGAACUACUUCAGAAAGGCAGCAUCCAUGAACGUACGUUAUUGUGAGCCGUUCUUUGACCCGCAGGGUCACACACGAAGAGGUGUGUCUUUUGAGACAAUGAUGAAUGGAUUCAAGAGGGCGCAGAGUGAGGCCUCUCAAAGUCUUGGGGUCCACUCUCAGUGGAUAAUGUGCAUGCUGCGAGAUAUGUCCCCCGAGUCUGCUAUGGAGCAUUAUCUUCAGGCACUACCAUAUCGCGACAUGAUCGUUGGAAUUGGUCUGGACUCCCUAGAGGUGGACCGUCCGCCAUUGCUCUUUGAAGAUGUUUUUCUCCGCGCUCGCAGAGAUGGCUUUCGGAUUACCUGCCAUUGCGACGUCGGCGAUAAGGAUACACUGAGGAAUAUUGGACAAGUGGUUGACCAGCUGGGAGGAAGCGGAGCGGACAGAAUUGAUCAUGGUUUACAUGCCGCCGAUGAUUCAUCUCUUCUUCAGAGGGUCAAAGAAAAGGACCUUGGAAUGACCAUCUGUCCUUGGGGCUAUCUUUGCUACUCCGGAGAAGCUCAGAUUAUUGAUCGGGUUCGCACAUUAUACAACGCUGGCAUCAAAAUAGCGAUUGGCAGUGAUGACCCGUCAUAUAUGGAAGAUAUUUGGCUAAACAAUAGCCUCUAUCUCCUUCGUUUACUAGGCAAUUUCACUGAUGCUGAGUUCUUCCAGCUACAGCGGAAUGCCAUUGAUAUUUGUUGGGCCCCUGCUGAUAUUAAAACAGCGAUCCUGAAGGAACUCGAGGGGUUUUGGCCGAAGGAAGGAGCGGAACAUGGCAGCCAUGCAGAUUAGCUGGAGAGAAUGUGUUGCACUAGCCUGACAAUAUGAUCAUGUCCUUUCCAUUUGUCUACUACCUAUCUCCGGCAGGUAAAUGCACUCCAGCCAUUCCGGGCCCACAUACAAAGUUGGCAGGGCUACGGAUAGACACAAGGCGUGUAAUUGAAGCAUAAUGUGCUAUUGAAUCACUUGAAACCUCGGAGAUCUCUUCUGCUAUUCUGUUACGUCACCGCCAGCGAUCAAUUAACUAUGAGGCAGAAACCCGGGCAGGCUUGUUGAUAAUGGAAUUGCACUGGAAGAAGUUAAUUGGCCAGCGACCGACAACAUUUAAGGUUUAGUACUUUUAGUGAGCACAAUCUGUCGGAAGCCCCGGAUUUUAGAUUUGUUCUCCGGCCC